AUGUCCACUCGGAAGAUCAGCGUCCUCAGCUCCUUCAUACGGGACAGGCUGCACCGUCAUCGUGCCCUUCACGGCAGCUCGGCUUCUUCUUCUUCUGUCCCGCCCUUGAUCAUCGGAAUGCAGGGACCACAAGGCAGCGGCAAGACGACGAUCACCUCUCAGCUUAUGAAGGCUUGCUCUACGUCUACCGACCCGCUGCGACUGGCGUGCAUCUCGCUAGACGACCUCUAUCUUCCGUACGCAGGACUGACAGCCGUAGCGAGGGCCAAUCCCACUAACAAGCUCCUCUCGGGUCGGGGUCAGCCAGGGACACACGACCUCCCUCUCGGGCAUAAGAUCCUUGGCGAGCUCAAAGCCAUAAAUGAUGGCGGUGGACAUCGGAUAGUGGAGCUUCCGAUCUUCGACAAGUCUCUGCACGAUGGCAAGGGUGACCGCUCCAGCGAGACCGUCCGAGUCUCUACUCCACCUCGGCUAGACGUGCUCCUAUUCGAGGGCUGGUGUCUUGGCUUCGAAGCCUUCAAGGAAGAGGCACAACUCAAGAAGAUGUACGAAGAGACUCAGCGUCGGACUGGAGCAGGCACGUCAGAGCAAAAGCCUUAUUUCCUCUCUCACCCCUUAGAAGACUUACUGGCCAUCAACGUUCACCUGCGCGAGCUCAGCCAGGCUCUUUACCCCUACCUAGACGCAUUCGUCAAGCUCGUCCCCUCCUCCUCUUCCCCUCCCCCUUCCUCCUCCUCCCCCUCCUCUUCCGCCUCCCCACGCGACCUUUCCCAAGUCUUCACCUGGCGUACCCAAGCCGAGCGAGCCAUGAAGGCCUCCAAUGGCGGAAAGGGCAUGACCGACGAGCAAGUCGUUCAAUUUGUAGCACGAUACAUGCCCGGGUACGAAUUAUGGGAUCAGGAAUCCGGAGGGGGUAUGGAGGAGGCAAGACACGAGUGGCGCUUCCAUGAGAAGGGAGCUUCUGUGCAGUUGGGAUUGGGAAAAGAUAGAGAAUUACUCUGGCUCGAUCUUGGUGAGGGUCGAGUAGAGGAGCGGCCGGAGAGCUAA